AUGGCAUUCACCGGCGCUGGCUUCCCGCAGACUGAGCCUGCCAUUAUUGUCAAGCUGAAGGCUGGCACGGCGAACCCGUUUGGCACGUUGUCCACUGGCUCCAAUAUGGUCCAUAUCGAAACCCCGGCCGGCACCAUCGAGAGCGUGCCCGGCUUCGAGCCCGCCUUCAAGGCCAACUUCACCUUCGGCGCCGACUGGCUGACAUUCGACCCGGACCGAGCCCACGGCCGCGUCAACGUCCGGGCCGUGGCUCGCACCGUCGACGACGACUCUCCACUGCACCUGUCAUACAACGCCGUGAUCCGCAUGACUGACGACGUGUGGAAGAUCUUCGGGGGCAGCCCGGACAUGGUGACAGUGCCUUUCGGCCUCGCCGUCGGCCACGCCAGCUUUCUCGCCGGUGACCCCAAGCUCAAGGUGCUGGAGAACCUGGCCUUCGCUACCAGCGGUCGCAUCAUUGUCGGCGAAGACAAGUCGUUGACGGUCGAGACGAGGAUUUCAAAGGUGGUGGCGCCGGAAGUCAUGGAUUAG